AUGAAGGCUGUGUGUGCUGUGCUCUGUGCUCUGCUCUACGUCUGUAGAGCAGCUCCUCUCACCUGUGACCAGCUGACCAGCCCCGGCCAAGUCCAAGACCUCACAGGGACGUGGUUUGUCCAUGCCAUGAGCACAGACUCGUGUGUGUUGAGAAACUCUGUGCAGACUCUGCUCAGUCCCAGCCUCAUAAUGGACAUCACCGAAGACACACAGCAGUAUCAGGCUGUGCUCAUGAUAAAGACACUGUCGAUUUGUGAAAAUGAGACUCUGGCAACACUCACCCCCCAGAGAGGCAUGCUGGUGGCACAGAACGGAAGAGAUACGUACAAGUUGUUUCGACUCACGAACUCUUCCGACUGUGUGGUGUUCAAGAUGGAAAUGCAAUUUGCCAACACCACAGUGCUGUACUUCUCCAGUCGCAGGAAGAGUGUGGAACCAGCAGAAAUACUGGAGUUUGAGACACAGGCCUCGUGUCUGCAUCUGCCCCGACCUGAGCGCUUGGGCUCUGACUUUGACUUCUCGAGCUGUAGAGAGUAUGAGGAAACCGAGCUGACAGAGGCAGAGGCCGCUGUGCUCCUGCAGCGACUCCGGGCCUGGGCGGUGGAGGUGACCAAGUGUCUCAUGGACUAUAUGUUGCGCUGGUACAAGUUCUCCUAA